CUCGUCGAGCACGGCUACGACACCAUCGCCCCCGCCUACCUCGCCUGGUCCGCGCCCCGCCCGACCUCCACCCGCCUCGCCCACCUCACGAAGCUCCUCGCGCUCCUCCCCCCGGGCGCGCGCGUCCUCGAGCUCGGCUGCGGCGCCGGCGUGCCCAGCACCCAGGCCCUCGUCGCGCAUGGACUCGAUGUCACCGCCGUCGACAUCUCCGGCGCGCAGAUCGCCCUCGCGCACGCGCACGUCCCCCAAGCGACCCUCGUCCAUGCGGACAUGGCCGCGCUCUCCUUCGCGCCCGCUUCCUUCGACGCCGUCGUCGCCUUUUACUCCCUCUUCCACCUCCCGAGGGACGAGCAGGGGCCGAUGAUCGCGCGCAUCGCAGGGUGGCUCAAGGACGGCGGGCGGCUGCUGUUCAACCUCACCACGGACGUCGGCGAUCGGAUGAUGGAGGACUGGAUGGGGGUCAGGAUGUUCUGGAGCGGCUUGGGCGUCGACGGAAACAGAGACAUGCUCAAGAGGGAUGGCUGGGCCCUGACGAUCAUAGAA